AUGAAACCCGGAUUCGGGGGUAAGAAGAACAAAAAGAAGAAGCAGAAGAAGGCAAAAUCCAAAAAGAAUGCUGAUGCAACCAUGGAGGAUGCCGGAGCUAUGUCGUCGGACGACGGCAUCGACUACACCGUUCCCAAGGACACCAGCGUUACGGCGGAGCUAUCGGCCAAGGAUCGUCAAAAGUCCAAAAUUGCUUUAAAGGCGGCGCUGAAAGUUAAAGUCGCCAAGCUGAAGCAGGCCAGGGCUAAGCUGACCAAGGUGCCAGGAAACAAGGUGCAGCGCGUGGAGGUUUCGGAAGCCAAGCAAGAGGCCCUCCUGGAGCUAAGGGAGCUCCAAAAAGACAAAACGCAGAAGAAGAAGAGCGGCAAGAAGAACAAGAACAAGAGCAGCGGCGGCGCAGCAAACGGCGGCCAGCAGACGAGAGCGGGAGCGGGGGGUGAGGCCAUGGAUGCGGAUUAA